ACGACACCGGAGCUUUCCCCCAUUUUCAGUUUGCACUCGAAAGAAGCCAUUCGUCCGGUACCCCCUCCCUCCCUCCCUCUCUCUCUCUCUCUCUCUCUCUCUCUCUCAAAUUCCGCCAUGAACAAACAACCUUCGUCUCUCUAUCCAAGCCCCUAAACCUCCACUCGUUGUCCGAAGUAACGUAUCUGUCUUUCUAAAACCAGCUGUUUAUCUGUGUAUAAAAGACAAGGAAUGGGCUCUCUUAUCCCAUUUCAAGACCUCAACCUCUACCCUGAACCCCCCGCCUCCGCCACCAACGCUGCGGCGGCCGCCACCCCCGCCGGAGCCAGGAUCGUGCCCAAGACAGAGCCGAAGGUGGAGCCCUUUGACGAGCUUUCUCAAUUCCUGGCUCAGCCCCAUCCUCAACAACAUUACUUUUCGAGUCCUAGCCCUACCUUUUCCUUCAGUUCUCAACCGGGCCUGCCCAGUGUUUUGGAUCCUGUGGUGGAGGACAGUGUUUACUCGGAGUUCAACCGGAUCUCGGAGCUUUUCCGGACGGCGUUCGGCGAGAGGACCGGUGGGGGUGAUUCGGCGGAUUCCAAUUCUCUGGCGAUUGUGCCGGUGCAGGAGGAGAGUCAGGUGACGGUGACGCGGCGGAGGUACCAGCCUCGGUCGUCGGAGUUGGUUAGGGUUAUGGAUUUGGGGCAGGACGACGAUAGGCACUUCAGGGCUCUGGUGAGGAGGACGAGAAUGCUCUUCGACUCGCUCCGCAUUUACGCGGACGAGAGGCGGCGGGACUUGGGGCUCGGGAUGCGGGCUCGUGGCGAUCUCAAGGCGUCAUCGGUGAUGAGGGAUCGUGGAUUGUGGUUGAACCGGGACAAACGGAUCGUGGGCGCCAUCCCAGGGGUCUACGUUGGCGAUUUAUUCUUUUUCAGGAUGGAAUUAUGCGUCGUUGGACUUCAUGGCCAGGCGCAGGCUGGAAUUGACUAUCUGCCAGCGAGCAAGAGCUCGAACGGAGAGCCGGUUGCGACGAGCGUGAUUGUCUCCGGAGGGUAUGAAGACGAUGAAGACGUCGGCGAGGUGAUUAUAUACACAGGUCAGGGUGGGCAGGACAAGAACGGUAGGCAAUGUGUUCACCAGAAACUGGAAGGGGGAAAUCUUGCGCUGGAGAGAAGCAUGGCUUACGGUAUUGAACUGAGGGUGAUUCGAGGAUUCAAAUAUGAAGGCAGUGCGAGCGGUAAAGUUUAUGUUUAUGAUGGUUUAUAUAAGGUCACUGAUUCAUAUUUUGACGUGGGCAAGUCUGGUUUUGGAGUUUAUAAGUUUAAACUUGUGAGGAUUGAAAAUCAACCUGAAAUGGGGAGUACUGUUCUGAAGUUCGCUGAGAGUCUUAGGACUAGGGCAAUGUCUGUGGGACCAACGAGUUAUAUUAGCCUUGAUAUUUCCAUGAAGAAGGAAAGUGUCCCGGUUCUUUUUUAUAAUGACGUAGACAAUAAUCAUGACCCUAUGUAUUUUGAUUAUAUCGCGACUGCUGUAUUCCCUCCUUAUGUAUAUCGUGAGGGACAGAGUAAUGGCUGCAACUGUGUUUCUGGAUGCAUAGAUGACUGCCCCUGUGCUGCGAAAAAUGGGGGCGAGUUUGCCUAUGAUCAAAAUGGCCUUCUUGUAAGAGGUAAGCCAUUAAUCAUUGAAUGUGGGAUCAAUUGCGGUUGUCCUCCGACUUGCCGGAAUCGUGUGACCCAGAAAGGAAUGAGGCACAGAUUUGAAGUGUUUAGGUCAAGGGAAACUGGUUGGGGACUUAGGUCUCUGAACUUGAUUCAAGCCGGUGCUUUUAUUUGCGAGUUUGCUGGGGUUGCUCUAACUAGAGAGCAAGCCCAGAUUUUUUCAAUGAAUGGAGAUAGUUUGGUUUACCCAAGUAGGUUUGCUGAUCGGUGGGCAGUCUGGGGGGAUUUAUCACCAAUAUUUACUGAUUAUGUGCGGCCAACAUAUCCAUCAAUUCCUCCAUUAGGUUUUGCCAUGGAUGUAUCAAAGAUGAGGAAUGUUGCUUGUUAUAUAAGCCACAGUUCCAGUCCUAAUGUUCUGGCGCAGUUUGUGCUCCAUGACCAUAAUAAUUUACAGUUUCCUCACCUUAUGCUAUUUGCUAUGGAGACCAUUCCUCCUUUGAGAGAUCUGAGUCUUGAUUAUGGGGUCGGUACAGAACGGGAUGGCAAACUUCGUAUAUGUAACUAAGUUCUGAGGAGUUGGUGAUGUUUUGAAUUUGAUGUUUUGGGAUUUGAUAAACUGAGAUAGGAAAGGAACGGCAACUUUUUGCAUUCCAGUUUCUCAUAUUUUGGGCCUCAACCAAUAUCGUCGGAGAGGCUUUUACUAAUACCACGGGUUGAUGUUUUGCUAUUUCCUGGUCUUUGGUUUCCAACACUCAAAUUUCUCCGUGUUGAAGGAGAAAAAACAGACAAAUUCAGUGGACCUGCAAGAGCUUAGUCUGUUUAGCUGCUACCACGAUGACUCUGCCUGACUAUUCCCUUUCAAGGUUUCAGAAACUUGAGCACCAACCAUCACUGGCUGUGUAUGAGGUUUAUUGACUUGUACAUGUAACUGUAUGAACUCACUGUAUCUCUAGAUUGUAUAUAUAAAAACCAUCCCUUUUUUGAUGAAGUU